GUUCGAUCUCUCUCUCGUCUCAUCUGGGUUCCGUUCAACGUUCGUCGAAACGUGCUCUGUUGAUUCGUUCGUGGUAUUGGGUUUCUUCUUCUUUACGCGUCGGUCUGCGUCUGAAUUCGGGCGGUGAUGUGUUCGGGUAGAACCUGGGUGCGCUCGUGAUUUUCUUGUUUCCAGAUCGUGGUGUUUCUCGUGUUCAUUUUGGGUUUUAUCCCUUUUCCCCCAAAAUUGAGCGCGGUUGUUUUUCCUGAGCGAAACCCGCUUUUUAUGAUUUGUGGGUUCUUUCUUUUCCCCCCUAUUUUCGAGGUGAUGUGCGAAUUUGGGAGCUUAGUUUGAAGCUGGGUUUGAUGUUUGUUUGGGAUCCUUCCGAUUGUUGUCUGUCUUGCCUUUUUUUGGAAUUGAAAGCAAAACGUUGACUUUGGUCCUCUGUGUUUUGUUGAAGAGCAAGUUUGAGAUUAACCCUUCUCUUCAGUUGAAGGAUGAUUUUCGUCCCCCCUACUGUAUUUGUGAACGUUUCCUUCGAGCUACAGAGUUGAAGAUGGACCCAAUUGGAGUUCGGAAGAACUGAAGGGGGAACAGGGAGACAAGAUGGAGGAAGCAAUGGCCGCAAGAUAUUGGUGUCACCAGUGCUUACGAAUGGUGAAUCCCAUUCUGGAAGCAGAGAUCAAGUGCCCGUACUGUGAAAGCGGUUUUAUUGAAGAGAUGAACUCCACCAUGAGGGAUUCACAGGACUCUGAUGGUGACCUUGGGUCAGACCGCGCACUCUCUCUUUGGGCACCAAUUUUGCUUGGGAUGAUGGGCAACAGCCGUAGAAGGCGUAGGUUGAGACGCUUCGGGUUUGAAGAUGAAGAUGAUGAUACCGAGGAGGGUGAGUCACGUCAUGGUGGUGACAUGGAAUUGGAUCGGGAAAUUGAUUCCAUAAUUCGUAGGAGGAGGAGAAGCUCAGCCACUAUUUUGCGAUUGUUGCGAGAUGCUAGAGCUGGAAUUGCAUCUGAAUCAGAAUUUGCAGAUGUUGCUAGAGACAGAGAUGGAGAUAGGGACAGGCAUAGGGAAAGAGAGCGUGUGAUCUUGAUAAAUCCAUUUAAUCAAACUAUAGUCCUUCAGGGUUCAUCAGAUUAUUCGAGAGAGAACUCAAACCUAAUUGGCUCGCUGGGUGAUUAUUUUGUUGGCCCCGGUUUGGAUUUGCUGUUGCAACAUUUGGCAGAAAAUGAUCCCAACGGACACGGUACUCCACCCGCCAGAAAGGAGGCCAUUGAAGCUAUGCCAACCGUGAAGAUGACGGAGAAUGUGCAGUGUUCAGUAUGCUUGGAUGAUUUCCAUGUUGGAGCAGAAGCGAAAGAGAUGCCAUGUAAGCAUAAGUUUCAUAGCGGCUGUAUCUUGCCUUGGCUCGAGCUCCAUAGUUCUUGCCCCGUCUGCCGCUUUCAGUUGCCUAUUGAUGAAUCAAAGACUGAUGCUGAUGGAUCCAGGAACGGAAAUGACACUGGUGAGAGGGAGAGGGAGAGGGAAAGGGGGAGGGGGAGGGAGAGGGAGAGGGAGAGGGAAAGGGAGAGUGCUCAGGGUAGUGGUGAAGAAGGAGAAGGGAACCAGAGAAAUGAAAAUGGCAGGAGGUUUAAUAUCUGGUCUCCCCUUAGUUGGUUCUCUUCCAACUCUGGAUCACAUUCUGGGGGAGGAAAUUCUACCUCAUCGCCAUCAGGUUCAUCAUCGAAUGGACGUGAAGAUGCUUCAUCUUAAACUGCUAUCGCGACUGCGACUGGCGUUGCUGUCAAUCCGUUACCCCUUUUUGUAUUCAAAUAUGUGAUGCUUCAAGGGGGUCCUUGUUAACCUCUCAUGAUAGAAACCAAAACUAUGUUGGGGAAGUUGGUGCGCUCGGGGAGAACUUGGUACAAGCCACUGAUCAUAAGACGAGAAAAGCUCAUUGAAGUUAUGCCGACAUGUGGGUGGGGUGGCAGCUUUCAGUGCUUCAAUGAAGAAGAGAAGAAGAGAGACCCUUUGACGGAGAUGGAGGUUGAAAAACAGGUUGACAUACCUUGAUCUUACAGAAGGCGAAGGCAAUGAGCAUAGCAGGUAUAACGAGAUGCACGCGACACAUUUUAAGGCGGGUCGAUUUCUGAGUUCUGUUGCAGACAAGGUCCAUGCAAAAGCAGGAUCUUUUCACUGCAAUGUGUCUCUUUUGAUUGCAACUGUUCCAAAGCUUGUCUUACUUACUAGAUCGAAGCACCCUCUGGGUAGCGGUAUCAUGAGGUGUGAACAUCGUAUAACAGGGAAUCUGGGCAGAGUUCCUGCUUGUAAUUUUCGAUCAGUUAAUGAAAUUCCCUUGUCAUGAAA